CAUCAGUUUUCCAUGUUUAGACUUCAGUUGCUCCACCUAGGAUAAUUUUUGGUAACACAAAGAUCUUCAGACCUUUUGUUGUUACAUGGUCUAUUUAGUCUAUUCCCUUUUGCUUCUGCUGAUGCAGAAGCAAGAAGUGCACUUUGGAGCAUCAUUGCAAGAUUACUGAUUCAAGUUCAAGAAAUUGAGUUGAGUCCGUUGCAGCUACAUCAGUAUGUUUCAGUUAUCACAAGUGAAACAGAAGUGAUUGAGGAGGAAGUUCUUAAUCACCAGUCAAAUGACUCCAAUGAAGAAUGCGGGAACUCUGCUACCUUGCAAAAUUAGCUGCCAGAAAUGUAGUUGUAUCCUUACAGUUCAUAUUUGUUGCAGCUGCAAAGUACUGCGUUGAUAUUGCAACACAUCAACAUGGGUGUUGUGUUAUUCAAAGAUGCAUCGCCCAUGCUACUAGAGAAUAUCGGGAAAACCUGGUUGCAGAAAUUUCUGCCAAUGGACUUCUUCUAGCUCAGGAUGUAUUUGGGUAAUAAAUCACAAUGGAAAAGACUCAAGACAAACCUUUUUUUUGCAUAACAUAUAAGAUUCUUUAUACCAGUAGUAUACAUCUUAAAUGCUAUG